ACAGCAUCUAUUCUGGUGUGGUUCUUCAAAUUCCCAAUCGUCUGAAAAUGAGAAGAGUAUUGCUUGUUUGGAGUCUGCUGAUUACUGCUCAGGCUUUUCUCAUCGUGAGGAAAGGGAAUUCAAAAACUCAUCAGGACAUCACAAGAACCGCCAUUCUGCGUGCUACCGCAAAGAUCUGCCAGAGCGUUGAAGGCUUCACGAAGCCAGAACCACUUGACACCGAGACACUGGCGAGGUCCUGCAAAAAGGAUGCAUUUACAAAGAACUUUGAGACAGGCAUAAAAAUGAUCUCCUAUUACAAUGUGAAGACCGACCUUGACCAUCUCCUCGAAGCGAAAUACCACUUUCACGGCGAGACGUUUGUGGACGGGAAGUUGCUCAUAAUCAAGGGAGUGGAGGACAUCUCAAAAGACAUCAGUAGAGAGAAAUUUGCAGAUGCCCGAAAGAAGCUGGGAACAAUUCUGCAUACUUUACAAGAUUUCUACAGUCACAGUAACUGGAUAGAGCUGGGAAACACUGAACCCUGUACUGCCCUGAUCAAUCCAGACGAGAACAUACCCAACCCUGCAAAGCCAAACCAAGAAACCUGUGAGUGUCCAACUAAAAACUGUGAGGGAAACAUUCUGAAGAACAUUAUUGAAGAAAAGAUUCUGACUUCAGGGUACUUUGGAAUAAAAAAGAAACCAAAAGGUGACUUUCAGAUUUGA